CAUUCCUGCCCAGGGACUGGGUCAUGUCCAUAGUGAGGCACAGUCAGCAGUAACUGUCUGGUAUCUCUUUGGUCCAAAAGAGCUUUAGUUGAAUCAGUAGUGUGGAUGGCAAGUAAUCUUAUCAAUGAGGUGAACGAAGAAUUUUUUAUGCUCUUGACCAGACGUAAAUGGCUUCAUCGAGAAUAAAGCUGAAAUCUAAGCUUUGCUCCCAAUAUAAAAAAUCGUGCUGGGCUGUUCUGUUUGUUUUUGUGAAGUAGGGAUCAACUAUUGUUGUUGUCUCUGGUGAUGCUCGGUUCAGGGCCCUAGUUUUGGAUCGGUUGGAUCAUAUUGGUGUUUUGGCUCAGCUGGGUGUUAUGUUGGUGAAUAUUCUUAUCUGGUUAUACAAAAAAUACAUAUAAGAAUUCAGGCAAUCAUCCUGCCGGACGUUGUCCUGCUUUAUUUCUUGCAACCCUUGGGGUCUGAAGAUAAAAAGAGUGCUAGUUAGUACAUGGAAUUGUAGACUGGACUUUGGUCACAGAAAAAGAAGGAAAAAAAAAAAAAAAAAAAGUACCGCUACCAUUUUACCUGGAAUGCUGGUUUGGUGUCCUAUAUUUACUGAAGUGCAAUUCAAAUUUGUUUGGGUAGCGAUUGAUAUUUUAUGCCCCUUGGGAGAGUUUCCCUUGUGUAACUUAGACUAUGAAUAUGGUGCAACUGUUGAUGGUAGUAGCAUGGACUGAGUACCUUCUGUUAGAGACAGUCUGUUUGUCUUUUCUUAUUUUCCUUGUGCAUUGUUUGUUCUUCAUUUUAUUAUUCAACUAUCAAGAUAGAAAAAAAAAAAAGUGAUGAAAGAAAAUGAAAAGAGAAAAAGAGAAUGUUGCAUUGUAUUACUUUUAACUUUUAAUAGUGGGGCUCUUAUGAUCAGGAAAUCUGUCUCUUCUAACAAUUAUUAAAUGUAGUCUGUGUAA